AUGAUCAAAAAAGAUGAUAAAACAAUGGAGCCCCCUAAUGGAAAGCCGCAUAAAAAGAUUGAUAGAGAUGAUGUUCCUGAGUCUUCCAAUCACAUUCCUCCUCCAGAAGCUGCCGUACUGAAGGGUGGUAAGGUGAAUUCAAAAACCAGAGCUUUCAAGGCCGUCACCAGUAUCAUCGUAGACGCCGAUGAGGAGCCUCAGAAGAGGUCGAGCAAUGAGGCGGAUGGAACCAAGAAGCAAGAGAAAGAAUACUGGGGAAACAGCAUUGGUAAAUUUGAGUAUAUAUUUUACAAGUUUUUGCUUGUGAUGCUAUACAUCUGUUUCGGGUUGUUUCGAUACGGUCAGUACCAAUAUCAUAAGAUGAAAUUAAGGAUAUUCAGCAUCAUUUACAACCACGCAUAUACGCCACAAUUGAUUAGGCAGGAUGUUGUGCCUCUGAAAAAGAUCCCAAAAAGGCUAGCCGCCAUUUUGGAAAUCAAGCCCGUUGGCGACGUUGGCGGUGGUGUUACAGGUUUAUUGAAUGAUGCGAGUGAAAUCGUUUGUUGGACUGUAUCAGCAGGUAUAGAGCAUUUAAUGUUGUACGAUUACGAUGGACUCUUACAAAGAAACGUGCCGGAGCUGAGGAUGGAAAUUCAUUCCAAUUUGGCGAAAUAUUUUGGAUCAGCCCAUGUUCCCAACUAUGCUGUUAAAAUACCUCAUUCCAACAAGACAUUUUACAGCUUGGAUGGAAUUGAAACAGAAACUGAUAUUGGCAAUGAAGUGGGCGUUAACGACGAAAGGGAAAAAGUUGCUAUCGAAAUUUCUUUACUGUCUAACAGAGACGGCAGAGAGACGAUUGUUGAUUUGACAAGAACUAUGGCUGAGCUAUGUGCUGUUAACGAAUUGAGUGUUUCUGACAUUACAAUGGGCUUAGUCGACUCAGAAUUGAAACAGCUAGUAGGACCUGAACCAGAUUUAUUGCUGUAUUUCGGGCCUUCUUUAGAUUUACAGGGAUUCCCACCUUGGCAUAUUAGAUUGACCGAAUUUUACUGGGAGAAAGAUAACGACGAAGUCAUAUACUCGGUUUUCAUUCGUGGACUAAGACAGUAUGCUGGAUGUAAAGUGAAUGUUGGCAAGUAG